AUGGUUCAUCAGCACGGCGAUCAUCAUGAUAUUCCCUUGAAGCACCGAAGAUACAAACCCGGCGCUUGGCUGCCCGCCGACCACCGCAUCCACCGACAAUACCUCGCCGAGGUGGUGGACGCUGUCGACGCGGGGGAGCGCACGGCCACUGGCGGACUCACGCCCGCGCUGCAAGAGUUUCGCGAGCUGAUUGAGGGCAACUCCCGGGUGUACAUGUACUUUACGCAAAUGUUUGAAGAGGUGCCGCGCAAGGCGCCGUACCUGCGGGAUCCGGCGGGCCAGAAGCAGGUGAGAGACUAUGAGCACAUGCUCAAAGUGCUCAAUCACAUUGUGACGAGGGCGCCAGAGUGGACAAGGACGGCGGCGGCGAUGGGCGUGGUGGGGGUGCCGAUGUGUGCGGUGUUUGAUUAUCCGAUGGGGACGCCGAGCGGACACGCGGCGUUUCUGGACCCGGAUGUAAACAAGGCAUUGAAAAAAGUCCUCAAUGAAUGGGGUAAAUACCUGCAGACACCCGCGUCGGCGUCUGUCCUGGGAGACCACACUACGGGCUGGUUCGGCGAGACGGGCCGUCACGACCUUUUGCAAGUCGCCAAUGCGCCGUACAAGUCCAGCCACAGCUUUGAAGAAAUGUUUGCGUGCGAUCCUACCGCAAAGCACAUGGGAUACAAGUCCUGGGAUGAUUUCUUUACCCGAAAAGUCCACGACACCGCCCGUCCCGUCGCCAGCCCCGACGACUCCUCCGUCAUUGCCAACGCCUGCGAGUCCAAAGUCUUCAACAUCCAGCACCAUGCGCAGCUGCGCGACCACUUCUUCGCCAAGGGCCAGCGCUACUCGCUCCUCGACAUGCUCGGACACGACUCUGCGCUCGCGGCGCCCUUUGUCGGCGGCACCGUCUACCAGGCCUUUCUCUCUGCGCUGUCGUACCACCGCUGGCACAGCCCCGUGUCCGGCACCGUCAAGCGCGCGUUUGUCGUAGACGGCACGUACUUUUCCGAGCCGCUGUUUGAAGGCCCCGGCGGCAGCAGCAGCGACGCGGAGAGGACGACUGAGAUUGACACGGGCGGCAUUAGUGUCGCGCAGGGGUACCUGGCCUGCAUGGCGGCGCGAGCGGUGAUUGUGCUCGAGGCGGAUAAUAGGGAUAUUGGGCUUGUGGCGUUUGUAGGCAUUGGCAUGGAUGAGGUGAGCACGUGUGAUGUGACGGUCAAGGAAGGGCAGCAUCUGGAAAAGGGCCAGGAGCUGGGCAUGUUUCAUUUUGGAGGGAGCACGCAUUGCUUGGUAUUCCAGAAGGGGGUCGAGCUGGAGGGGCUGCCCGAGGUGGGCAGGGAGGAGAAUGUGCCAGUAAGGGGAAAGCUGGCGACGGUGAAGAAGUAG